UUAUACAAAAGAUUAUUUACAUAGAUUACUAUAGAACGCCCUAGAGCAUCGAGCAACAUUUUCGAGCAACAUGGAGAUUUGGUUCCCAACGAUCUCCCCUUCGCCUCCUAAAACGACGAGUAUCACGAAAAUCAACACGGUGAAAUCGAGCAUCCCCAAAACCACGGCUCGAAUCGCGGACCUGACGUUCGUCUUUUUCGGAGUCAGCCUGAACUUCUUCAUGAUAGGGGUGAUACUAUCGAAAGCUUCGAUGAGAACAGCCAUGAAUUUCUACAUCGUCAGCCUGGCCUGUUCGAACAUGGUGAUCCUGAUCGAACCGUGGCAAGAAAUAAUGAAUUGCUUCUUCUCCGUCGACAGGAUAUUGAACAUGGAUUACGUCUGUCUGAUAAGCUUCGACGUUUCCGUGAUAACUAUAGGUGUGCUGAAAUUUCUCCUCUACGUCAACGUGUUCCGGCAUGACACGUCAUUGGGGCACGCGUUGUGCAAGAAACGAACGGCGAUCAAAGGGAUCUUGUUGAUUUGGUCGGCCAGCAUCAUUGAAUUAGCGAUCGGCCUGCAUAUAUACGACUUCUACGAGGGCGACAUGGCCGAAAUUUACGUUUGGAACACGUUCAUGUUCUUCAUUUGCCCGUUUCUCAUAUUCGCUAUGCUCGACUGCCUGAUCAUCUACAAUCUGAUGAUAUUCAGGGAGAUCGAGGGAUCGUGGCGGUCGAAAGAAUUAAGAUGCCAAAUCAUGCUAGAGAUCAUCACACUGGCUUUCUAUUUUAUUCGUGCGCCAUACCGAGUUGCCAGGGCGAUAAAUUUCAUUUGGCCGAAACUGUCGUGUUGCACGGACAGUAAGAGAGAGAUGCUUUUCUUCAUUGCCAAGAGCUUCCCAGCGAUCUUUUCCAUCAUUUAUAUGGCAUCGUCGAACGAAUUUCACAGUGCUCUUAAGGUUCGUUGUGUAAUCUCUGAUUAAAUCUUACUGAUAUUUUGAUCAUUUUAAAUAUUUAAUAAUAUUGGAAUCUUAAAUAUGCAUGCAUAACCGAAUAUUAACGGAUAUCGAUAAAUAUUGAAUGAUAUCAGUUUUGUUUCUUUUUUUACAGAACAUGGAAUCACAAGAGAAUUAAGA